AUGAUUAUCCUUAACGAGCUUUCCAAUUCGUUGUUUGAUUUCGUUUGCAGCUUUAUUUGUAAAGGUAGCAAUGACAAUGUCAUUUGGAUGAAACUGUUCGACAUUUAAUAAAUGGACGACGCGAGCAGCCAGAACACGCGUCUUGCCAGAUCCUGGACCAGCAAGAAUUUGCGUGUACUUGUGAGGAGAUUCAGCACUUUGUUUUUGCUGUGGAUUUAAUGCUGCCAGGUACUGCUUAGCGUCCAUUUCGCAGUGGUCAGCUAGUAAGAACCCAAGAAUUGGAUCACCAUGAUGCUUUAGCUUGUUCGCGCGUGUAUGUGUUGACAAUAGGAACAAUUCUUCAACACCAAAACCACCAAAUGUAAAAGCCAGUUGUCUUACAUCAACUGAGCUUUUGUUGUCUGCAGUAUCUUAUUUUGUCUACGUGCUACUGGUUUCGGUACAUUUCCGAUCGGAACAGUUUAGCAAUGAUGCGCCUGUGACGAUCAAGACUCAGUCACUAUAUUCAAACACCAGAGAAUAGAGUGGUUACAAGCGGCAAAGUGAUCGGGACGGACCGUGGAUUUAUUCUUGGCAAUUUAUAAGCAAGACUAGCUCCUGGUAGUAUACACUUCCUAAAUAAGCUACUUUAUACUAAAACAUAAUACAAUAUCUCCACACGAGGACAAUGGUAAACCAUUCUACAAAUGUCCGGCCUCUUACGCAUGCCGGUACUUGGUAUACAGAUGAUUUCUCUGCUCUUAAAAAGCAAUUAGAUGGUUUUAUGGCCGGUACACAAAUCGUGCCUGGAACAAGAAUGAUUAUUUCACCACAUGCUGGAUAUUUGUACAGCGGUCCAACAGCCGGCAAAUGCUAUGGAAGCCUGGAUUUUUCUCACUGUAAACGCGUAUUCGUACUAGGCCCAAGUCAUCAUAUGUAUACAAGAGAUUGUCUUGUUUCAAGUUUUGACGCCUAUGCUACUCAUUUAGGAAAUCUGCCAAUAGACAGAGAAGUUUGCGAUUUCCUGCUUAGUUCUUCGAAACAUGUUCAGUUACUUUCAGAGAAUGCGGAUGAAGCAGAACACAGUCUUGAAAUGCAGAUCCCGAUCCUCGCUCAGGCACUACAGAACCAAAAUGCGCUGCAACAUGUGUCUAUAGUUCCCAUUAUGGUUGGUGCUUUAUCCCAUAGUCAUGAACAAGCAUUUGGUGAGACAUUGGCCCCAUUCGUUGCUAAUGAAGAAAAUGUUUUUAUUAUUUCUUCGGAUUUCUGUCAUUGGGGAUUAAGGUUUGGUUAUACGGGAUACUUAAACAAUGAUGGCAAGUUUGAAAUGCUUGCCGCGUCUAGCCAUUCACCUAGAGCACCAAAGAUCUUUCAAUCAGUCCACCAAUUGGAUCGUCUUGUUAUGUCAGCUAUUGAGGAGGGUGAUUACAACCAUUUUGUCCGCAUAUUAAGUAAAACCAAGAACACGGUUUGCGGCCAGCACCCCAUAGCUGUUAUACUGGCUGCUCUAACGAAAGCGAACAUUGACAAGCGAUUUCGCUUUAUUGCGUACGACCAAAGCUCUCAGGUCGUAGACAUCGAAGAUAGCAGCGUAAGUUAUGCUGCUGGAUUGGCUUAGUAAAUAGGUUUGAUGAAUUUUAUAUUAUGUUUGAUGUAAGUUA